AUGUUCCUCAUUAAGGUGGCAGUCAAGUACGGGGGCGACUUGAUCGAGCCGGACCGCGUCUGGAAUCUGACCACGAGUCUUGUUCAGCACUUCCGAUCCCUACCAGCUGGUCGGUGGCAUUUAGCGAACCUCAUGGCGCCCGGUCUGGAACGCAUGGCUAGGACGUUGAAGUCUGGUCGAGGGGAGACAUCAGCCCAGGUAUUGGAGGCUCAGCCGCUCAACGGGGAUCACUCAGAGGUGAUUGACCCUCAGCUCGCUGGCAGUAGUGCUGAUGGGACUCUGAUGGGCCCGGAAGAGGUAUUCUUCUUCGACUAUGACAUGAGUUUCGGCCUGUCCCCGGUGUUCCAAUUCGACAUGACAUCGUUGAAUGCAGAUGGUACAACACUGACGGGUCAAGACUUCUCGAACGUGGAAUAUCAGAUGGGAAGACCCGGUUCAUGA